GGGGAGGGAGGCCUCUGCCUCGCCUAAGCCCAGACACGUGUGUCUUUCGCCUCAAGGAACAUCGUGGGAAUUACGGUCUGGACGACGAGCCGAGUAACAGCGGCCCGGCCCCGCCCUUCAUGCAAUGAGGCAUGAGUUCCAGUCCUGUUCAGAUGGAGCCAGACUUAAACCCCCAGGAGGAGAAGCAGCAUCGGAAAAGUGCUUCAAGAAGAUCUUCACAAGUCCCACGAGAAGACCUCGACGGCCCUCCAGCCACAUCUUUUAAGCCUCUGUGUCCUGCUAAGCCCUCCCCGAGUUUUCUCGAACUGCCCUCGACUCAGUGGAGGCCCAAUCCACUCCUGCCGCACUCCGGGGCGUCACGGACAGGGAAAGGAAAGCGCCAUUUUUCUCCAGACCACGAGCCGCAGGAAUGCUUCGGCCUCCUUGAAUGCCUCCACAACAACAUGCAGGUGCAGACCCAGAUCGCGCAGGAGCAGCUGGCGCUGCUGCAGGACAUCCGGGAGUCCAUGAACCUCCUGGUCUCCCAGCAGGACCAGCAGAACGGAGAGCUGCGGGGUCAGCUGGGGCAGCACAUCCCCAGGGACCCGGCCUCCUCGCCCCACCCGGGCAGCUAGCAGGGAACGCUCGGGCCUCUCUCUUCCAUGCAGGCUGUCUGCGGGCAGCUGCGGGCCUCCUGGGCAGAUGUUGCUCAGCAAGUGGCGGUGCCCACUAUGCAAGAUUUUGUGUCGUGGGAUUGACUGGCAGCAGAAGCUGUGCGAUGCAAAUAAAGCGCUUGUUGUAUUUUU